ACUCCUUGAAGUGUCAGUCUCUUCUAUCAAAAAAGCUCAAGUGAUGAAACGUACAUAUUUGAAAAUUAUAGGUAUAUGAAGGAAAUAAUAUAUUACGUAAUAUGAUGUAAAAAUGUUGUAAAUAAAUUAUAAAACAUCGGACAUCAUGCAUUUAACGUGCAUCCAUUCAAAAUAUGCAAACAAAAAACCUAGAACCAAAAGAAGAAUGGAUGACAUGUCCUAACAUUGAAACAGACUUCCCAGGAUUAGCAUAUCUUUGUGAUUUAAAUAAACUGGUCGUGGCCAAAAAAUCUGAUGCUUUACAUCAUCUAUUUGGCGAUAUACAUGGAGGUUACACAAUUUAUAAUGGAGAAGGACAAAAGGUAUUUCUAGCCGUUGAAAAAAAGGUAAAAAAGAAGAUAGAAAUAAAAAUAUACAAUUUUUACGGCAACGAAGUUAUUAAUUUGGAAAAGCCGGGAGAAUAUUGCAUUAGCCGGUUCCUUAUAUGUUCCCCACCCGGCCAGUUUAUUGGGAGCGUGAGAAAAAUUAAAUGUUUGAGAAAAUUUUAUAUCAAAAACGCUCAAGGAGAAAUAAUCCUGACAAUGAAACCUAGAGGUAUAUUUUGUAUAUAUGACAUAUUCCGUGAGGAUGUAAAGAUUGGAAAUGUCGUUAAAAAGAAAUGCGUAAGAAACGCUGAAAAUAAUGACAUCAAUAUUGUAUUUCCUAUGGAAAUGAGCGUCGAACAUAAAUCUAUAUUGCUCGGAGCCUGUUUUCUUACUCGUUAAAAAUACAACGUACGAACCUACAGGUAUAAUUAAUUAUCAUUUUAAUAUUAUGUUCUUUCAUGACAUCAUGGAAACCGUUAACUGCUCUUUGUAAUA